AUGUCACAGGUAAAGGACGAAAUGAAAAUCCAAGUAGGCAUCACAAGAUGGGUAUACACCCUCUUCUACCUGGUUUCAUACACUGAAGCAUUUUCUCACGGUGCAAGCCUUGUGGCUUGUGUUGAUAUGAAGCCCAGACACAUCAGAGCCCAACUUCAGAAUCCCAGGAACAAUUACAUCACCAUCUAUACCAACAUGUCCUCUUACUCACCUGGUGACAAAGUACCAGUGACCGUGAGGAGUCGUGGGGAUUUCAUGGGAUUCCUACUCCAGGCUCGCAGAGUUUCUAAUGAUCAAAUUGCCGGCACCUUUGUUUUUAUCCCUUCUGGCUCCAAACUGAUGUCUUGUUUUGAAGAAGCCAAUACAGUCACCCACUCAGACAAAUCCCCAAAAAGAAAUCUGUCCUUUGUGUGGAAGGCACCGCGCCAACCCAUUGGAGACAUCAAGUUCUUUUUAUCAGUAGUCCAGUCAUAUUUCAUUUACUGGGAAAGGAUUGAAUCAACCAUCGUGUCUCAGCAGACACAAAACAGAACACUUUCUGAUGGCAAUGUGGAGCCAGCUGCAAGCCUGCAGAAACCAAAUGGCCUAGAAGUCACAACCACAGUUUCUAGGCCCCAUAUCACUCUUACACAGCGUCUGCAGCCAGCAGAGUUUGCAGUUGUCAGCCUGCCUGCAACAUCAGUGACAGACAGCUUGGAGCCUGUUCUCAAUGGCCUGACUAUUGAGGUUCCUGGAGAUGAAGUGAAACCCUCUCCUCUCCAUGAUGCGUCAGCGGUGGGCAGCAGCAGUGACCAAAGAGAGCAGCCUGACUGGGACAGUCACAGCACCUUAGAGCCAUCUCUUGAUGUCCAAGACCUGGAGAGAGCUCUGACCUUGGGAAGCUUUGCCUUCGAGGAUUAUGCCUCCAGUCACAACACUCACAAUUGGACACAAGGAGGCUCCGAUUUGGGCACUGCAGUGCCCUGCUUGCAUUGUGAUGAAGGUGAACAGGAGAGGCCCGAGGCCUCCAACCUGAUUCUGACCAGGCCUUCCUCCUCCCUGGGAGAUCUUUUCAGCGUUCAUCUCUCCCACCCCCAGCUCACCCUGGCCACCAAAGUAGAGGCUCUGAACGGUGGUGGGCCGGCCAACUCCAGCAUCCCUUCAAAAGCUUCUUCUGCCUUGAGGCGGUUGGCUCUAAGGUUGUCUGUGCUUCCCAAAUUUUCUACCAGCUUCUUGCCUCAGUCUGAGUAUGUGAACCUCAGAGAAGGGGGCGAUGGAGAGGACAGCACUGGACUCCCUCAUAUGACCAAGCCCAGGCUGGAGGCUGCAGGUCCUGGACUGAAGGAAGACGGCCCCCCUCGGAGGACUGGGAUGGUGACGGCCCAGCUGGGGAUCCUCCUUUGCCUUUCAGCCACUCUUGGCAUGGCUUUGGCCGCCGGCCUGCAUUGCCUCCAUUCCCGGUACUGCCGCCAGAGGACCGGAGUGUCCUUUGGUGAGCCCGGUGGUGACAUCAUCGCAGUGAGAGACAGUGGGGAAAGGAUGCACUUCAGAAAGAUACGAGAGAACAGUGUCAUGUUAGUUCAAGCUGAAUACAACUGGAUCACCCCCAAUGGUGGAUCUAAGAGACCUGCAGUCUGAAAACACAAGCCCAGUGGGCCUUUCCCUCAGCGCCGGAGUGUUUAUUAGCUAUAGCCCUGCUCCUAAGAAUGCUGCCUGAUCCGUGCAGGAAAUCGUGGGGAAGGUUAUUUAGCGAGUAUUCAGUGCAGAGAAAUGGUCGUCGUGUGGAAUGAGGAGUGUUAGUUUUAUCAACAGAGGGAGUUCUUUCACACACUUAUUUUCUUAACAUUUGUAAUUUCGUUCCUUCCCCCCCCCUCUUUUUUGCAAUUAGAUGGCUCUGUUUGAAGAAUUAAACCUAACACAAUGAAUAUUGUAUAACCUGCUCAUUAACUAGACUCCUGUGGCCGCCAAGCUUCCUCUAUAGCCUUAAGGACCCAGCAGCAAUAGAAAUGCGGUCCCUGCUCCUUGUGUCAGAGUCAUCUUGUAUUACUCUUGGAAAAAAGAGAAAAGGGUUUCUGGGGCUAUUUGUCUCUUUCAGGAAAAAGAGCAGUUGACCUCUGAACCGCAGCCAUCGCUUUGAUAAACCCCCUUUCCUGACACUCCACCCCAGCCUCCUGCAAACACCCAAAGGGAAGUUUUCUUUUUAAAAUAGAUAGAGUUCUGAUUUAGCUGGAUAGGUGAAAGCAAGGGCGGAUAAUCUGCUCUUUGUAAACCCAAAGGCCUGGCAGGACAGCCAGGCACAUGUUAAAACAAUAACACAAAGCACUAGUGGCCACAGAUGGUCCUGUGAGGGAAUGAAUGGGACUCUUCAACCAGUGAGAAUGAAGCCUCCCCAUCCCUGUCACUGACCCAUCAAGAUAAGCAUGUUCAGUGAAUUAAACAGUAUUUUCAAAAUGCCUACUAUGUGCUAAGCCUUGCUAUUAUUUGCAUAUUAUCUCUUCCAUUAGAACAUGAGCUUCUUUAGGUCAGGAACUGUGCUUUUACCUUUCUUUGUAUUCUCAGUAUUCAGCACAGUGCCUGGUAUACAUGAAGAGCUUAAUAAA